UAUAACGGGCCGGACCAGACCCAAUACUUGUUACGUAUUAUCCAUCGCGUCUAGAGCUGCUUCUUCCCUCGCCACCGCCGCCCCUCUUGCUGCGCCGACGAUGGACGGUGAGACGCCGGAGGUCACCCUGGAGACCUCCAUGGGAGGCAUCACCUUCGAGAUGUACUACAAGCACGCGCCCAAGACCUGCAGGAACUUCGUCGAGCUCGCGCGCCGCGGGAAGUACGACAACGUCAUCUUCCACCGCAUCAUCAAGGAUUUCAUCGUGCAAGGCGGGGAUCCCACGGGGACUGGCAGGGGCGGCGAAUCCAUCUACGGAGCAAAGUUUGAGGAUGAGAUAAGGCCAGAGCUGAAGCACACCGGGGCUGGGAUUCUGUCGAUGGCAAAUGCUGGUCCAAACACGAAUGGAAGCCAGUUCUUCAUAACUCUAGCACCUUGUCAGUCACUUGAUGGAAAGCACACAAUUUUUGGGAGGGUAUGCAGAGGAAUGGAUAUUGUCAAGCGCCUUGGAAGUAUUCAGACUGACAAAAAUGACAGGCCUAUCCAUGAAGUGAAAAUACUGAAGACCGUUGUCAAAGACUGAAGCAGACAAGUAGUUCUGCUUGUUGUCAUGACCUCUGAUCUUUGGUUGUAGCUGCUUUCCCAGGACCAGACCAUUUGUUUCCUGUUCUAUUCUGUGGUCCUGUAAUGUGAUAUGGUUUGGAGAAGAGAUACAUGCCGUUGCAUGACCUGUAAUUUGGUGUUUCGUUUUUAACAACCGAUGAAUCCUUAAUCUACCUAGACUAAAUGCAUGACGAAUGACCAGCGAGAAAGAGACUCCAGAAAAAGUCAAGCAGCGAGGAAAGAAUAAAUCCAAAAAUGGAUUAUAUGGGCUAUCAUAUUCUUGUGGGUGUAUGAUAUUGUUAUAUUUGAACAUGUUUCCCUAA